AUGUUCGCUUCUCUGAUUAAUGAUUUAAUUGAUUUACAAGAAAAUGGAAUUACUAUUACAGUUAAUUCAAAUAUUAUUCAGGUGUAUUUUGUUCUUGGACUAGUCUUGGGUGACAAUUUGGGUCUUAAUUCUAUAUUAGGCUUUGUGUCAAGUUUUUCAGCCAAUUAUUGUUGUAGAAUUUGUCGCUCCCAUAAAACAAGCGCUCAAAAGAUGCUUUUAGAAUGUACAGAAUCACUUAGAAGUGAAGAAAACUAUAUGCUAGAUGUCCUUCAGGAAAAUGUAUCUGAAACAGGUGUAAAUGAACUUUGUGUAUUUAAUGCUAUUCCUAAUUAUCAUGUAAUAAUUAAUAGUGUAUGCGAUUUUAUGCAUGAUGUAACAGAGGGAGUUGCUCGUUAUGAUAUGGCUGUUAUAAUCACACAAUUAAUAAAUGAUAAAUAUUUUACAUUAAUUGUUGGCGAACUAGUUCCUAUAGAAACCCCUGUUUGGCAAUUGUAUAUAGCGUUGCGAAAAAUUGUUGAUAUUUGCUGUGCAAAAACAAUUCAAUCCGAAUGUUCUCAUUUAUUGGAUCAAAUAGUGGCUGAACAUAAUAGACUUUAUUUGUUAUUAUCUGGAAGUAAUCUUAAACCUAAAUUUCACAUGUUAACCCAUUAUGGGAGACUUUUAAUUAAAAAUGGACCAUUAAUAUUGACUUCUUGUAUUAGAUUUGAAGCCAAGCAUAAGAUAUUAAAAGCUUUUGCAAAUUCAAUUCCUUGUAGAAUCAACCUUGGUCACACUCUAGCAAAUAAAAUUCAACUGCAAAUGGCAAGUCGAUAUUUGACUAUGUCUGGUUUAGGGCCAGAUUUAAAAAUGAGCAAAAGUUUUAUAAUUGCUCCAACUGUAGAAUUGUCAUCAAUUUUUUUAAAUAAAAUUCCUACAGAGUUGAAAGUAUAUGUAUCAUGGUUGGAUUAUAAAGGAAUAUUAUACCAACCUGGUAUGGUAUUAGUAUUAGAAGUCAAUUUAGAUAAUUGCAUUUUUGGAGAAAUAGUAAAAAUAUUUAUUGGUGAAUUAAAAAUUCCUUAUUUCAUAUAUAAGCAAAUAAUAACUGUAGGUUUUGAUAGUCAUUAUUAUGCAUAUCAAGUAGAAUUAAAUUCUCAAUUUGAAUUUGGUGGUUGUUACUUAACAGAUUUACCUGAUCCUACACCUACAAUCAUUAGAACUUUAGGAAAUGGAAUUAAUUUUGUUUCAUUAAGAUAUGCAUUAUGA